AGUCGCACCGCAAAGCCACGAUAAGAAGGUGAAAACCCGGGAAAACAUCAUAAACAUAAAGCAAAUAGAACUGUUAAGUGCAAAUUUCAAUACAGUGACCAAAGCAACUAGCAGCCGCUUUAAACACAAGUCGGUCACUAAAAGAAAUUUUAAAUUGUAAUUUUUUUAACUACUGUGCAAAAAUAAAUUAACAUGGAAUCCGUGGCUAUACCUACACGGGCGUUUGUUAACGGUUCCUUCCUGCAGAAAUUCACCGACAAGGCCGUAACAUUAAUCGGGAACGUGUUGAAGGUGAGUCCUGAUGGUAAAUCCUUAACAAUGCAAACAACAGACGACCAAGUGGUGACCGUUAAUUUUCAUGAACCAAUUGACAGUGCUCUAGACGGAUGGGUAGAAGUGCAUGGUUUGGCCAAAGAUAAAGGAACUGUGGCCGGAGAAAGUUGCUACAACUUACCAUCAUCAAUAACUGAUGAUUUUGAUAAACCACAAUUUAAUGAAGCCGUUUCACUUAUAUACAGCCUAUCAAACCCCUUGAAGUAAUGAAGAGAAAUGAAUCGUUGAUUCAGACUUUAUUAAUAAUUUUUUUUGUAUUUAAGUACUAAUAAUCCUUACUGUCUUAAUAAUUAUUUUCUAAGAAAGAUAAUUACUUCUUCAUUUUUUAAAAUAUGUUAUUUCACAAUAUCUAAUUUUGUUUGGAAAAUUACAUGGUACAAAUCAACACAAUUUUAGAUAAGUAGACAAACUAUUUCAAAUGUUGGUUUUAUUUCAUUCAUUUAUUAUUAAAAACCUCUCAUAAUUUGUAAUAAAGGAAUUCGUAAACCUGUAUGUACAAAUCUACCUAGGGCCAAAAAUAUAUAUAUUUUUUUAAAUGAA